AUGCAGAAAGAAAUGGAAGAUUUCCCAGCAGCCAUUUAUUUGGCCAGUGAGGAGAGUGUAUUUCACAAUCCAGCUGUCUUAUUCGAUCUGGUACGACCAACUAAAACAGGCAAUGGUGUGGAAUCAGCUGCAGGUCUGGCCAAUGUUAUUCCUAGAAAAAGAAUAUAUCGUAUGGAAACAGAAGAAGAACUAGAAAUAUUCAAAAAUGAGUUGCUACGACGACCGUUAGUUCUACAGCCAACAACCCAUUCUGGUAAAGGCAUUGGUAAAGGAACAAAGGGUUGUGCAUUAUGGGUAAAUCACAUAAAUUGGAUAUUACUAAUCAACCAAACUCACCCGAAGAUUCUGGGUAGAAUACAGAUGGGGGUGGAUGCUGCUAAACAAGCCAUGGCUAAUAAGGAACCAUUCCUGCUGAGGUAUAAAUUUGGUUCGUUACUUCAACGCCUACAUUUUCUGAUAUUUAAAGAUGGUUUAAACCUGUCAGAUCAUUUUGAUCAGAUGCUAAGUUAUUUACGUUACGCGAACUGGACAUAUGGAGAAUUAAUUGUACGAUAUCCAGGCCCAGAAGGCACCAAAACCUUUCUAAUUCCAAAAAGAGAUAUAUCUUUCUCAUUUGAAGAUAUUGAACCUCAGGAGAUAUUUGUUCGACCUGAAUUAUAUCGGGCACCUAUCAGACCACCCAACAACCCAGUUACUGGAGAUGAGAUUAGAACAUGGCUACCAGGCUGGACUGUAAAUGAAAUCACCCCUCUGGAGGAUAUUGGUGAAACAGCACCAACCAACAAUUACAGCUAUGCACAAGCUGGACGACUUUACGAGAGCUUCCGUAAAAAGAAGAAGACUAGACCCGUUGUAGAUAAAUCACCAAAAGAUAAUCAUGGAUUUGAGAGCAGCAUCGAGAUGGAGGAUAUUGCACCGUCUGUGUCGCAGGGUGCCAUGGCCGGACCGUCUACUCCAAACGGGGCUUAUAGUUAUCUUCCUCAGAACUCUAGUGUACACGGGGCUUCAGCAAAUUAUAUCCAUCCAAAAUCCCAAUCUGACAAUCGUUAUGACGAUAGAAAUUUUGAUUCAAAUCGUCAUGAAAAUAGACAUGCGAGAGAAAGGCAGCCACAAAGACCGUCCCGACAACACGAAAGACAGCCAGUAAAAUCAGAAUUAUAUCCGGAAGUGCACAUUGUGGACAAAUCCUCUAAAUCAAAAUCACGAGAUUUGUAUAACAAACCAGAAGUUGAUUUAAGUCAAGGUCGGGAAUCCAAUCAAUCCUCAUUUUCAACGGCAGCCAGCUCUGGGCCCACAGACAGUGGUUACCAUGGCAACGAGACAGACAGUUACCAUAGUGAUAGAUAUCCCCAUGACAACGGUUAUAGUCACGGUGAAAAUCUGGGAUUCCAUCACGAGGAGGAAAGCGAGGAUAAAAUAAUGAUGAAACAUAAACAAUUCGUGAAUAAUAUGUUACAGGAGAGGCAGGCAGUAAAUAAUAACCUCCCGGUUCGGAAACCUCGCAACGCGGAAUACAGGGCACACCAGAAAAACCCGGGUCAACGAUAUGAAAAUAAUUAUAAUAAACAACAACAAAAUGGUCCUCGGAGUCCACGGCAUAAUGAUUACUACCAAAACACACCUAAAAACGGUCAUUAUGACAGUCCUCGAGAUCUAAAGCAGCCUGAUCGCAAUGACAGAAGUCCACAUGAUCGCUAUGGAAACACACCAAAUAAUAGACACUAUGAGAAUUAUGAUCACUAUGGCAACAAUCCUAGGCAGACGUAUAAUGAGGAGCAUAAUACACAACAUUUUAAUUUUAAAACUGAAAAUAUGAGUGAAAGCUUUAUCUAA